CUUACAUGAGUAUACCUGCGGAGUACGGUUUGGGUGUACUCCACACAUUUCAGCAUGGCUUGUGGUGGGUUUGUUUGUUCCAGAAGUGCCCUCUGUGUGCUCAACAUUAUUUAUGUGAUGGUGAGUCUUCUCAUGACUGGCGUAGCAGCAUGGGGCAAAUGGUUCGGACUUGUCUCUAGUUUCAGGGUGAUGGCUGCUGUUAUUGCAGUUGGACUCUUUCUCUUUGCUGUGGCCAUUGUGGGCUUGUACGGAGCUCUAAAGCAUCACCAAGGCCUUUUGUUCUUUUACAUGCUGAUUCUUUUCAUGGUAUUCAUUGUGCAGUUUUCAGUAGCAUGUGCCUGUUUGGCGAUUAGUAAAGAACAACAGAACCUUCUUCUGGAGAUAGGGUGGAAUAAGUCUGAAUCAAUGCAGAAGGAUUUGGAAAGAACGUUGGAUUGUUGUGACUUCAUUAAAGUUAACUACAAUGGAACAUGUGAGGCGAACUGUUUCAAUGAUCAAACUUGUACGCUGUGUUCAGAGAUAAUCCAGAACUAUGCUGAUGACGCCCUGCAUUUUGUUGGAGGAAUCAGCCUUUUUUUUUGUUUUACAGAGAUUUUGGGUGUCUGGCUAGCAUACAGGUACAGGAAUCAAAAAGAUCCUCGACAGUAUCCUGGUGCUUUCAUUUAAAGCACUGUGGUGUGGCACACGUUUAUCUUCUUGAAUGGACUUAUCAUUUAUGCUGUGUUCACUUGAUUACCAGAGCCAUGAUGAAAUCUGUUUUCGACAUUUAGUUUAAAGGUAGUAAUGUGUUAAUCCAAAGUGAUUACUGCAUCUGUGGGGAACAAUAAUAAAAAAAAAAUCUUUAGCAUGUUGCAAUUGAAACCAUUUUUUAUUUUUAUUUUUUUUGCUCCAUGGUGGACGUACAAUACAUAUUUAUUACCACUGAAUAAGUAGGUUAGCUGGGCUUGAAAUCUGAUCCCAAUUGACGAGUCUUACAAAUAUAGAGUUGUUAUUUAAAUCUUAUAGAGAUACACUUUGAUUGGAAAUAACUUUAAAAAAGACUUGAAACUUAUAAAUCAAAUGGUCGUUAUGUUAAACUCAAUAAGACAAACUCUCAGCAAUAAUAGGCAAUAAAAACAAAAGUGAAAAUAUUUGAAUGCUUCUUAAAACCUUGAGAUUUAGAGAUCAUGUUGUUUUUCGAACACUUCUGCUCUCUUUAGAAGUAAAGAAAAAUGUUAAGGCAUGUUGUCAACGGACUAUUGGCAAACAUUUCUGAAGCUUGCACACUGAAACUUUGCAAACUACACCCAACCCAAUUCCAACAGUCUGUCGGACCAGGAUAUGAGCGGGAAGUGCUACAUCAUUUAUUUGUUUUCCACAUAACCAAUGGUGAGGCAAUCCCUUGUUGUUCAGCUAGUUUAUUAACUAUGUAUUUAUGGAGAUUCUCUAGUGCUGUCCUCUGCUGGCUACAUACCUACUAAACAACUUGACCUGCUCAUUUGCACACUAAUAGGGUUUGGAUCACAAUAAACCACCUGCUAGAAUUAACUUGAAAUGAAGCCCUUUUGUAUUUUUGUUUACUUUAUCUGUGUAUAUAAAUAUAAUUGUAUCUGAUUUUACACACUGUAAUGCUACAAUAUGUACCUAAAAAAUGUACAGAUAAAACCUUUUAGUAUGCAAUUCACUUUUAAGCAUGCAAAAAUUGAGAGGUUUUUAAAAUUAAAAACAAAAAUAAUCUAGUACACAUUCUGUGAAAACUUGUAGCUGUCCUACAUUUGUUCCACCUUUUGGUUCAAAGAUUUAAAAGUAACGAAGUGCAUUUGUGUUCUGUUCGGAACAAACUGUUAUGUAUAAAUUGUAUAACUGUGUAAUUGUAUAACAUUUAUUUAUACAUGUAUAAAAUGUAUCUCUGAAACAGAAAUCAAAUGCAUGCAUGGAUUUAAAAAAAAGUAUAUAUUUUACCCUAUUUUCCUCACUUGAAACUGAAUGCAUGAAACAAUGUCAAUGUAA